GCCAGACUUUGUGAUUCGCUCUGGCUCCAUUGCUCACCGUCAUCUCACUCGUAUCCCGCAAUCCGCCAUGGCCUCAACCAAGCCCCAGCUCCUGCGGAAUCUCCACGUCGAGUUCAUCCGGUCGCUGGACAACAAAAAGGACAGCCUCGAAUACCACCUCACCAGCCACUUGAAGCUCAAUGGCGUCUACUGGGGCUUGACCGCCCUCGAUCUCCUCGGCAGACUGGAUGUCUUUGAGAAGGAAGACGUGAUUACCUUCAUCCUUGCAUGCCAGCACUCCAACGGCGGAUUCAGCGGCAACGUCGGCCACGAUCCCCAUCUGCUCUACACCCUCAGCGCCGUCCAGAUCCUGGCCACCUUGGACUCGCUUGAUCGAAUCGACAGCGCCCGGGUCGUAGACUUCGUCAAGAAUCUCCAGGACCCAGAGUCCGGUGCCUUCUGCGGCGAUAUCUACGGCGAGGUCGACACUCGAUUUGUCUACGUUGCCAUAUCGUGCAUGUCGAUCCUCUCGAGCCUCGACCAGAUCGACGUCGACAAGGCCGUCGAGUACAUCAACCGGUGCAAGAACUUUGAUGGCGGAUACGGAAGCGUGCCGGGUGCCGAAUCGCACUCGGGUCAGAUUUUCUGCUGCGUUGGUGCUCUGUCGAUUGUCAACCGGCUCGACACAGUCGACAUUGACAAACUGGGUUGGUGGCUCUGCGAGCGGCAGUUGAGCAACGGAGGACUGAACGGUAGACCCGAGAAGAAGGAGGACGUUUGCUACUCUUGGUGGGUUCUGUCCUCCUUGGCCAUGCUGGACCGACUCCACUGGAUCGAUCAUGAGAAGCUCAUUGAAUUUAUCCUGGGAGCACAGGACGACGAAGCCGGCGGGAUUGCAGAUCGACCUGGCGACAUGGCCGACGUCUUCCACACCGUCUUUGGCCUUGCUGGCCUGUCGCUACUGGGCUAUCCCGAUCUCAAGCCCGUCGAUCCGAGAUACUGCAUGACACGGGACGUGACCAAGCGAUUGGGACUGUGAGUGCCUGCAGCCAAAAGCGUUGGCCCGCGCUUCUCCGAGACGAAUAUGC